AUGCGCCGGUCGAUCCGACCGACGAGUCACAGCUCGAGUGAUAACAAUGAGUUUGAGGCUGUUCUUGACAACCCUGCCGAUGGCGACGUCAGCUUGGCCUUCCCCGAAGGCGGCCGAGAGGCAUGGGUUUGUUUGCUCGGAUCAUGUCUCAUGAUGUUUCCCUCAUUUGGCUUUCAAACUGCAGUCGGAUCCGUUCAGGAUUAUAUCAGCACUCACCAGCUAGCCGAGUAUGGAGAUCGAGAUGUCGGCUGGAUCACUGCAGUACUAGUAUUUUUGACCUUGUUUCUUGGUGUUCAAGUUGGGCCGCUCUUUGAUCGAUAUGGGCCUAGGGUCUUGUUGAUUAGUGGAACGCUUGGGAGUUUCGCUUCGUACAUACUCCUCGCCGAAUGUACCAAGUAUUGGCACUUUAUGCUUUGCCUUGCUGUUCUGGGUGGAAUGUCCGCGGCAAUUGUUACAACCGUGUCUAUCGCGGUUCUCAGUCACUGGUUUAAACGAAGACGUGCCCUUGCCUCUGGAAUUUGUAUGGGAGGAUCAUCAGCAGGUGGUGCCAUUAUCCCCUUGAUGUUACGAACCUUAUUUGACAAAUGCGGGUGGACAUGGGCCGUACGAAUAGUCGCCUUUAUGGCCUUGGGAUGCUACGCACUGGGAGUUCUACUCGUUAGAGGACGUCUGCCUACUGGCACCAAGAGCAGAGUAACGAUCGACCUUGCAGCUUUCAAGUCACCCCGUCUAUGCUUCCUGACUGUGGCUGUCUUUUGCUUUGAGUUUAUCAUAUUUGGAUGUGCUGCCCUUCUUCCAUCUUAUGUCCGUUACAGCGGGUUCUCCGUCGAUUUGCAGUUCUAUUCCCUUACUGUCUUGAACAGCAUGAGCCUUCUAGGAAGGGUUCUUCCUGGCUUUGCUGCUGACAUGUUUGGUCGUUUCAAUAUUCUGUUAUCCCUGGUUGUUAUAACAAUCGUUAUCAUGGCAGCUGUUUGGCUACCGUAUGGAUCUCAAGAUGAAGGCACCCUUUACGCAGUUGUGGCGAUUUUUGGAUUCGGCUCUGGUGGGUGGCUCUCACUUGCUCCCGUUUGUGCAGGCCAGCUUUGCGAGACGAAAGAUUAUGGUCGAUUUUACGGCACCGUUUACUGUGUGGCUUCAUUUGGAGUGUUACUCACGGUCCCGAUUGGUGGACAGUUGCUCCAGUCAACCACACCACAAGUCCUCAUUGGCUUCUAUUCAGCCAUUUUGCUCGUCGGACUCAUCAGCGUUAUCCUGUCUCGAUGGGCUUUGCUGAACUGGAGUUGGAAGUGGAAGGUCAAGGUAUAG